GCCACCGACGAUGGCCAAGUGAAAACUUGAGUACGGCUCCAUCACCACCAAAAGCACGUCUGGCUCAAAACCUCUUCUUUUUCAUUUAGUUCUUCUUGGCAUUUUUCGGUUUUUUCCUUGUAGAAGAACUUUGUCAAGUGGUGCUUCCUUUAGUAACAACCGUGAUUAGUUCGUUUGCGUGCGCAGAAAAGUGAAAACCGUGAAAUUUCCUUGUGUUUUUCGUUCGCACGCCGCUCUCUCGCCACACAAUACGCGAAGAAGGGAAAACUUUCCCAUUCAGCCAAUCUGACAAGAGCGACACGAAUUCCGCAGUGACCAUGGCCGAUAAUCAAAACACAGAGGAUCUCAUGAAGCAUUGCUACGAGAAUUUAAUUGUGAUAGACGUGGGCGCGAAUCUGACAAACAAAAAGUACAGCCGGGACCUCGACUCGGUGAUGCAGAGGGCAAAAGAUGCAGGUGUCCAAAAAAUUAUGGUCCCCGGCACAUCAGUCAAAUCCAGCAAAGAAGCUUUACGUCUCUCACGUAUCUACCCAGAUAUAAUCUAUUCCACAGCCGGUAUACAUCCACAUGAUUCAAAAUCAAUUGUGGAAGAGCCCGAAACGUGGUUUGAUUUCGAAGCAAUUGCACAAGCGCCUGAAUGUGUAGCAAUCGGACCGUGUGGCCUAGACUACCAGCGAGAUUUCUCCGAGCCAGACGUACAAAAGGAGAUAUUUGAGAAACAGUUACGUCUCGCUUGUAGUCUAAAUAAGCCAGUUUUGAUUCACGAACGAUCCGCUCAAGAUGAUGUAUUGGAAAUACUAAAGAAAUAUCCAAACAUAUCACAUGUUGUUAUUAGAGGAUUCAUGGGCACCACAGAGGAAGCACUCAAAUAUCUAGAUAUGGGAUACCAUAUCAGUUUAACGGGUUAUUUAUGUAAGGAUAAAUCUGACACAGGUGUCCGCAAAUUACUCGAAGAUGGCACGUUGCCAUUGGACAAGCUUCUGGUUGAAACGGACUCGCCGUUCAUGUAUCCAAAUACUCGAGCCUCUAAACUUCCUCAACACGUUAAGACUGGAAUAACGGAACGAUCGCUUUUAUAUUUACAUAGAUAUUGCACUUUUCAACGAAACGAACCCUGCAGUCUUCCUGCUAUUGUAGAGAUGAUUGCAUCAUUUAUGAAGAAAACACCAGACGAAGUGGCGCUGGCCACGGCCUUCACAGCUCUUAAGCUCUUUGGCCUAUCACAAUAACCAUGACUAGUUUUCUAUAUUUAUUUUUUUUACAGUUACAUUUAUUUUAUUUUUAUAGUCAGAGAAUGGAAGCUCUUCUGAUUUUUAAUAUUUUUAAGGAAUGACGUGUACCUACCAAAUUCGCUUCCUAUUUGCUUCCAGGUGAGUUUUGAUACGAACUCGAGUAUCAAAGCCCGAAAUGCAAUUACGAUCAUGUCAUCCAUCAAAAGCCUUUAAACAUUGUUUGUGGCAGCUUCGAUUAAGACUUAUUUUGUUCUUUUAGGUUUCUAGUUCUUCAAAGUUGUUAAAUGUAAACAUAUUGUUAUGUUCAAUUAUUUUUACGUGGUAGCGAGUAGUCGUUGGAACUCAUGGGCGUGUCUCAUAUUUAACUCGAACGUAUAUUAUACGCCAUUAUCAUUUUCAUUUUGCACGAGCAAGUUGAAUACUUUUUAUAUAUCAUAGAUUGCCUUUCUAUGUGAUCAACCGAAUUAUAUAGCUCAAUAUCUAAUAUAUUUGCCUAUAUGAUAUUUAUUCUUAAACAAAAGAAGAAAAACUACGUAAAAAACGUAAAAGGAGAAAAAAUCCAAAACACGUAAGCAAAAAAAUCGAGCUACUAACUUAUCGUUAUUCUAUUCAAAAGGACUUAUUGAAACGUCAUAGAAAUGAAGAAAAAAAGAUUAGAUUUUGUAAGAAAAAGUAACUGCAGUUAUGUUUCUAGUGAUAAGUGCCAUAAAAACGAUUUUAAAAGCUUUUGACCCACUACGUUGGAACACAGUAUACAAUUGCAACUCGAUGUACAUCAGGUUUGAGCUGUGUAGACUUUUAAUAUUUCUAUUUUAAGCUUAGCUAGCCGGCAAGCAAUAUGUUUAUUGUAUAGUUAGUUGGAAAACAAUUGUGAUCAAUUAUGCCUAAUGUUUAAGUGUAUAUUGUAUAAUUGCAUCUUUUUCAGGAACUUGUAUAUUAUUAUACACAAAGAAAAAUUGAUAUACAUCUCGAAA